GGCGCCGCCCUCGCCCUGCUCCUGGCCGUGCUCGCCCUGCUUGGCCUGCUCUCCCGGCGGCUGCGGCGCCCGCAGAGGCGCGCCGUCGGAGCCAGGACCUUGCCGGGGGCCCGGGGCCAGGACGACGGCGAGGAGGCGGGCAGCGGGAGCCUGGCGGAUGAGUGGAGCGGCGCGCGCGAGCCGCUGCCCGGAGGGUGCAGGCUCAUCUGCAAGCCGUCGGCGCUGGCCCAGUGCCUGCUGCGCGCCUUGCGACGCUCGGCAGCCCUGGAGCCCGGCCCGCGCUCCUGGCUCUCCGGGCCCCACCUGCAGACCCUCUGCCACUUCGUGUUGCCGGUGGGGCCAGGGCCCGAGCUGGCCCGGGAGUACCUGCAGUUGGCGGACGACGGGCUGGUGGCCCUGGACUGGGUGGUGGGACCUUGUGCCCGGGGCCGCCGGGUCACCAACGCCGGGGGCCUUCCCGCGGUGCUGUUGGUGAUACCCAAUGCGUGGGGCCGCCUCACCCGCAACGUGCUCGGCCUCUGCCUGCUCGCCCUGGAGCGCGGCUACUACCCUGUCAUCUUCCACCGCCGCGGCCACCACGGCUGCCCGCUGGUCAGUCCCCGGCUGCAGCCUUUCGGAGACCCGUCGGACCUCAAGGAAGCGGUCACUUACAUCCGCUUCCGACACCCGGCGGCCCCGCUGUUCGCUGUGAGCGAGGGCUCGGGCUCGGCGCUGCUGCUGUCCUACCUGGGCGAGUGCGGCUCCUCUAGCUACGUGACGGGUGCCGCCUGCAUCUCGCCGGUGCUGCGCUGCCGCGAAUGGUUUGAAGCCGGCCUGCCCUGGCCCUACGAGUGGGGCUUUCUGCUCCACCAGAAGAUCGCCCUCAGCAGGUAUGCCACGGGCCUGGAGGACACCGUAGACACCCGCAAACUGUUCAGGAGCCGCUCCCUGCGAGAAUUUGAGGAGACCCUCUUCUGCCACACUAAGAGUUUCCCCAUCAGCUGGGACACCUACUGGGACCACAAUGACCCCCUCCGGGAUGUGGACGAGGCCGCUGUCCCUGUGCUGUGUAUCUGCAGUGCUGAUGACCCUGUGUGCGGGCCCCCAGACCACUUUCUGCCCACUGAACUCUUUCACAGCAACCCCUACUUCUUCCUCUUGCUCAGCCGCCAUGGAGGCCACUGCGGCUUCCUGCGUCCGGAGCCCUUGCCAGCCUGGAGCCACGAGGUCAUCUUGGAGUAUUUCCGAGCCUUGACUGAAUUCUUCCGAACAGAAGAGAGGAUAAAAGGGCUGAGCAGGCGCCGAGCUUCGUUUCUAGGGGGCCGGCGUCGCUGGGGAACCCUGCAGAAGCGGGAGGCCUCUCAGUCUUCCAGCCUGGAAGAAAUCUUUAGCUGGAAGCGAUCAUAUACAAGGUGAGACCUGGCCCAAGAACCCGCCUGUCCUGCAAGGAAGAAAAAAACUGGGCACGGCAGAGUCCUGAAGAGGAGGUGAGGACUGCAUGGAGCAAGCGGCUCCAGCUUCUUGGCCCCUGAUUUAGCCCCUUCUCUCUUAAAAGUGAUCCGUGGAAAGAGGUGGCACUUCCAGCUAGCUGGCUCUCACUUACCUUGAGCAGAACUCCUGCCCAGGCUCUGCUCAGCACAUCCCUGCUCCUCCUGGUCAGCAGCUGGGCACUCUCCAUCAUGGUCCCCUGUCACCCACCUCAUCAGUCAAAGAAUAGCGCCAUGUAAGCCCUUGGACUCGGGAGAAAAUGCUCUCUCGCCAGCAACGACUACAAAGAGGAGUUCUGUAUGUCAUUGGGUAGCUCUGUCCCAGAUAACUACUCAGCUCUGUGACUCUGACUCGCAUGCUGGAGCCACUUGAUGUAGAGAGGACAGGAUGUUUGUGUCUCGGUCCCACUUCCUUCAUUGCGUCCUGCGGUGGUGACAUUCUGACUUCAUGCAGUGGCAGCUGUGGAAGCGGGCUCACGGGGGCCACGGGGCUGCAUCAGUCUAGCAUGAGGUUGACAAAGGUGGCAGAGGCAGUAAGGGCAGUGGGUGAGACUGUGUGGGUGAGAGCGGCAAGGUAGAGGGUAUGAAGGCCUGUUUCUGGAAUAUUAAGGCCCAGCCUUUCAGACAAUUCCUGCAAGUCCCAGCGGGAAUGGGGCUGGUCUGCAGCUUCAGCCUAGAACCUUGAGAGUCACUGGACAGAUGCCAAGAAUGAUUUUAGGGACAGGAAGUCCUUGCACACAAUCUGCAGCUAGACCACGGCUCAAGGAGCCAGAUUCUCAGGCACUCUCGCUGCUCCCUCUGGUACCAUUUCUGGGGAUUACUCCGGGGAGCCCCAGCCAGAGCUGUUUUCCUCCUGAUGGGGGCUUUCUCUAAGUGGUGAAAAGUACAAACCUCAUAUCUUAGCUGUUUUCAGGUUAGCUAUCCUCUUUUCUGCCAUUACUACUAGCCUCUCCCUCUCCAGAACCUGGAGAGACAUCUGGGACCAGAGAAAAUAAAAGUUCUAAGAGGUUGGUUAGAGCUGACUCAGCAAUUUAUGAAUAUUUCACAUUACUGUGUUUUUUUCUGCUCAAUUAUUCAAAAGGCCAUCCACGUAGAUGCAGAAGACGCUUCUUCCUGGACCUGGCCGCUCAGUGACUGAGUGGGUGUUUGGUUUUAUGAGGAAUAAUGCCAGAGUAGAGUAAGGCAUUGUACAGAUUGGUCCACACAUCCUGGUUUGGAUCAGGCCAUUCAACAGUACAACUGGCCAUCUGGUUCCAUGUGCUGCUAAGAGCUUUGCCCUGAAGCUUUAUUUUAAUUUGUCAUUGAGAAAGAGGGCACCUGUUUGGACAGGAACCUCUAUCCUGGUCUCACAAACAGCAAAGCAAUUUUAAAGAGGAGAGAUGUUUACUGAUGCCAUAUUCUAAAGGCUUGGUAUGAGGACUCCCUGAGGCCAUGAUUUCAGGUUUCCGUAAUCUUGAGCCUUGUUCUUCUAAAUAAGAAGAAACUCAACUAUCUAAGAAUCUAAACUGAGAUGCAGACAACACUCAAUUGUCUAAGGUACAUUCUCAUGUCAUGAAAAAAGUUCCCUCCCUCCUUUCCCACUUCUUGCUCCCCAACAUUCCUCCUCUAACGUUCUUUCACCAUUUCUGAGUAGGAGAAAUAACAAGGAACUGAAAUCUAAAGAAGCCAUUCUCCUGCUGGUGAACAGCCUCCGGGGCUUGCUUGGGGAGGGAAAAUUGAGGACAUCAGGCCAUGCCCCUCCCCCAAUACCUGGUACAGGUGGGAAUUUCAGCUAAUUAGGGUCCUGCAGUCCUGGAAGCAAGACCCUAGGUUCAUUCAGAGCUGACUGCAAAAUGAGAAGGAGCCCAAUGGUUUUUAAACCCCUCCCGCCCCCCAGCUUAAAUGGCCCCAAAGAGCUAAAUCUGUAUUGUUUAUCUAGGCCAGAUACCACAGGACUCUGGUUCUUUAAGAUAAUAGCUUUUGGAGAAAUUGUGGUUGGUUUUCCUGUCCUUUUUUUUUUUUUUUCUUUAAUAGGUAAGAAAGCCUGUGGAGGGGAUAUAUAUGAUCUUAAAGCUCUCAGAACAGCCCUAAUCCAGGCUCCAUUAAUUCUCUUGAACCCACAGCCCUAAUGACCUAAACCCUUAAGCAUUUCUCCUGCAUGUCCCUUGCCCCAGAUGUGCUCAUAGCCCAUCUCAGAAAGCUACGUCUCUCUUUUCUUCCCCUCACUGCUUGAUAACAUCACUGCUUUUCAGCUCAUUUUUGCCAAGAAAGGGUAGUUUCCUGUUCAGGUAGAUUUGGGAGACCUUGUCCUUCAGUCUAAUGGUGAAGGAAUUGCCCCAGUCGACUCUGCUUUGGCUAAUAGCUAAUUAUAUGAAGCCAGCUGUAGGAACACCAGACACACGAUUCUGAGACAUAUGUGGCCCUUGAACAAAAUGACAAAUUAUGAGUUUGAGAAAGCAAGAAACAAACAGCAAAACCAAACCAAACCCAAAGAAGUACCAUUGAGUUGGAGUUUUCCAAGGAACAAGUCUUUAGCCACCCUCUCAGGCCUCAUUCACUUGCUUGCUUCCCUUUUGGCCUCUUCAUUAUUUAUAAACACCUUCAAAUGGUAAGAAAACAAAAACAGAAACACCCCAGUGAUUUAAAGGAGGCAUUCUCUCAGAAGCAGAGACUGAGUCCUCUGUCUGUACCCACUGGAUCAGAUAGAUCAGAAUGCAGGAAGCAGGCAACUGCCUCUGAAGGUUUGAGCUCUACCAAGUUCUGACCUCCGAUACUGAUGAUUCUGCUAAGCUACAACUUAAUUCUCUUAAAGAUGUAAGGUUUUAUGUAUUUAUACAUAGGUUUCCAGGGUGGCUUGGGUGGAGACAACAGUAUGCAAAAGAAAGCACCCAAUCCUCACUCUGAGAAGACAUCAUCUGUGUUUAGAGUGAAGACAUACUGCCUAACACUUGAGGACUGCUAGAUGAGAGGUCUAGACACAGCAAGUGUUAUCUUGGCUUCAUAAAGAACCUCAAAACCACCCCCGAGUCAGAAGCUCGUCUGUACUCAUCUUCUACCUAGACCACAAGAUCCCAUCACCCUCGGUGAUGCCAAGGACUCUACCUUUACAAAUGAACUUCAGCACGAAUUCACCUCCCUGCUUAAAUGAGCAGAUACACUGGGCCACUUUGGUUGAAUUUUGUAACAAUGCCAAUAGGAGUAUUUGUGAUUCUACAGCCAAGCCACCAAGGAUGGCAUCAGACACUGUUUUCAUAGUUAUCACAACUGGCAAAAUAAGAUUGAGGAAUUAUACCUAAGGAGUAUCCGAGUGCCCGGAUAAGGAAAACUCCAACUCAAGAAGCUGUAAGUCCCGCGUCAUCGGUGGGCUAUGCAAGCUAGACUGCCACUUGGCACGCAUCAUGUAGGGGACAUGUUCCAAGAGAUAAGAGUAGCCUACGUUACAUACAAGGUCUCUUCUCAUCUGGGAAUCGGUGAGUUAAAAUAAUGCUUUUGAGCUCAGUGGGUUCUGGUUGAUUUACGGGCUUAAGGAUCAGGAUUCACAGACCUGAUCUGGAUUCUGGGACUUGGGAGACUACAUAAAGAUUUUAAUGAAAAUAAUCCUGCCAAAGUGACCACAGGAUGUUUUUAAGAUAUUCAAUAAUUAUGCUCUGAGGUGUCCAGGAAAAGCUAAACAUUUGAAGGAAAAGUGGAAUUUCAUUAAAACAAACAAUAAAAAACACUAACACAUCCAAAACCAACGCCUCGAGCCCCUCCGGCCUUCCUGCGUAAGAAGGCAAUACCGUUAUUACUAGUGUGGCUGAACAAAACUCUCUCCAACUUGUUUUCCUCUGAAUAGUAAAUAAAUCGCAGUCUCCCUGC